UCCCGCCCUAUCCAUAUAUAAAACAAACCCCCCUCCUUCCUCCCCUGCAUGCCUCAACAACCCAUCUCCAAGAAACCACCUCCCCUCGCCCCAAUCCCAAUCCAAAUCCUUCGCCGCGAGCCAACCCAGCCCAAUCCGAUCAGUCCCCACGCAUUUUCGUUUUAUUUCCACCUGAGUUUUACCUUUAUUUGUGCCGAUCAAGAUCCGAUCCGAGUGUCCGGCGGCUGAUUCGCCGGAGUUGGGGAUGAAGCUCGACAGGGAGAUGGAGAUGCUGCUCAACGAGAUCCCCCUCCUGCACCACGGCGGCCUCCUCGGCGGCAGCGGCGAUGCGGGCGCCGACGACGACGCCGACCUCUCGUUCCUCAUCCACGAGCUCGCCGCCAUGGGCGUCGUCGACGGCGACGACGAGCCGCCGGCGCCGCCUGCCGCCGACGGCCUCGGCUUCCCCGGCUUCAUUUACCCCACGAAGGGCGAUAGUCUUGUGGCCUCGAACCCGUUCUCCAUCGCCAAUUACUGCUCGCACAUGCCGUCCCUGUUUGAUCCCGUCCCCUUCGACGCCACCGGCGCCGCCGACGGCUGGGACAUCCGGUGCUCCCCGCCGCCUUCUGCGCCGCCCGCGGCCAUGCCGAGGGCCCGAUGCAAGAGCGCCAGGAGGAAGAACGGCGCGAUGGCGGCGAGCCCCAAGAAGUGCGGGGCCGCGGCGGCGGCGGCGGCGGCCAAGCCGCACGGCGAGAGCCUGGCCGGCCUGCGCGGGUUCAUGUACCACGUCGCGCGCGACCAGCACGGGUGCCGGUUCCUGCAGCAGCGGCUCGACGACGGCAAGCGCGAGGUCGACCUCAUCUUCGCCGGCGUGUCGCGCCACGCCGCGCAGCUCAUGGUGGACCCGUUCGGCAACUACCUCAUGCAGAAGCUGCUCGCCGUCUGCGACGCCGGGCAGAGGAUGGCGCUCGUGUUCACCCUCACCGCCGACCCCUUCGUGCUCGUCAGGAUAUCCCUGAACGUCCAUGGGACACGGGCAGUGCAGAAGCUGAUUGAGAGCCUCAGGACAAGGGAAGAGAUUCGUCUCGUCGUCGACGCUCUGCGCCCUGGGUUCUUGGAGCUCAUCAAGGACCCCAAUGGCAACCAUGUCGUGCAGAAGUGCUUGCAGUCAUUUGAGGCCGAUGAUAACAAGGCAAUCUUCGAUGCUGCUUCCAUUCAUUGUCUCGACAUUGGAAUGCAAUGCCACGGUUGCUGCGUCCUGCAGCGCUGCAUUGCACGUUCGCGGGGUGAGCACAGAGAGAAGCUGGUUGCUGCCAUCGCUUGCAAUGGAUUUGAACUCGCGCAAGAUGCCUAUGGGAACUAUGUUGUCCAGUAUGUGAUGGACCUGAAGAUCCCAAAUGCGAAUUCAAGUCUUGCGCAGCAGUUUGAAGGCAAGUACAUCCAUCUUUCCAUGCAGAAAUUCAGUAGCAAUGUGGUCGAGAAAUGCCUGAAAGUCUUCAAGGAGGCUGACAAGGCGAAGAUCAUACUCGAACUCCUCGCCAUGCCACACUUGGAGCGGUUGCUUCAGCACCCUUAUGCAAACUAUGUCAUAUACUCUGCUCUUCAGAAUUCCAAGGGGUCACUCCAUUCUGCACUGACCAACGCAAUCCGACCUCAUGUGGAAUUACUUAGGACCAGUCCCUACUGCAAGAGGAUAUACUCUCGAGCUUUGCUGAAGAAGUGAUGAACUGAUGGCAGUUUGUCAGCCUGUAACAAGAACGAUUGCUGUCCUGCGCUGUUUUCCAGUUUCAAAAGGCAUAAAGAUGAUCACAAGAUAGAUCUGUAUAAAUUAGUAUUCUUUUGUCAUGUACUUCUACGUGUACCUGUACUUGAUGCACUGCUUGUGCCUGGCGUUGCAUAGGCCAUCUGCGAUGGAAUAAGUUCAAUGAACAAGCCCUCGCCACAAACUUUCUCAUCUCUAAUGGAAGAUAUUGAUAUUUCUGUUGAUUUAA